AUGGCAUUCGGUGCUCGAGGCGGUGCAUCGCGAGGCGGCCCCCGCGGUGGUGGUGGCAUGCGAGGUGGUGCUCGCGGAGGUCGCGGUGGCUUCGGCGGCUUUGGUGGGCGAGGCGGUGCUGGCGGCGCUCGCGGAGGACCUCGAGGUGGCGGCCGUGGUGGAGGCAUGCGAGGAGGCGCUGGUCGCGGUGGCCGUGGUGGUCCCCGUGGAGGCAUGAAGCCUGGCAUGAAGGGCGGUGCCAAGGUUGUCGUGGAGGAUGGCCUGGCUACGCGCAACAUGGUUCUGAACGAAUCGGUCUAUGGCGAGAAGCGAAUCCAGCACGACGAGACUGUCCAGAACGAUGAUGGCACAACCACUACCACCAAGGUCGAGUACCGAAUGUGGAACCCCUUCCGAAGCAAACUUUGCGCCGCCAUCGCCGGUGGUGCCGACGAAAUCUACAUGCGACCUGGCUCCCGUGUUCUGUAUAUCGGUGCCGCCUCUGGAACUUCCGUUUCACACGUUUCCGACCUUGUCGGCCCUACCGGAUACGUAUACGCCGUCGAAUUCUCGUCUCGAUCCGGCCGCGACCUCAUUGCCAUGGCAUCGAAACGCACCAACGUGGUUCCUAUCGUCGAGGAUGCCCGUCAGCCCGCCCGCUACCGCAUGAUAGUACCAAUGGUUGACGUCAUUUUUGCCGACGUUGCCCAGCCAGAUCAAGCCCGUAUCGUUGCCAUGAACGCCAACUGGUUCUUGAAAGCUGGCGGCGGCGUGCUCAUUUCCAUCAAGGCCAACUGCAUCGAUUCUACUGCGCCUCCGGCUGAGGUAUUCGCUGCCGAGGUCAACAAGAUGAGAGCCGAGCACAUCAAGCCCAAGUUCCAACUUACGCUUGGUGAGUAUACCAUAUCCGGAUCUGUUUCUGCGACGUUGCAAACUGACUUGGUAUCCAAGAACCUUUCGAGCGCGACCAUUGCCUGGUUGCCGGUGUGUACGAACGCCACCAAUAAGGAGACUUGCCUGGAUGGCUCAGAGUCUAUCCUCAUAAUUCUUAUUUCACAGGCUUCAUUUGAUUCCCCACACCUAAAUCGCUUGAUCAUCCUGAGCUCCUUGAGCAUAUCACAGUCAUGUAUGCUUUGA